UUUUCCAUUCAAAAUCAUUAACUCGUCGAAGAAAAAGAAAUGUGUGGGUUUCAAAUGAUUACCACUCUUUUUCUGCUAGCUGCCGCAACGAUGCUCGGGGGAUCCCAUGCUCAACUUAGUCCCACUUUCUAUGCCAAAACCUGCCCAAAUGUUUCCAGUAUUGUUCGUAGUGUGCUGCAACAAGCUGAAGGAAAUGACAUUUGGAUAUUUCCAAAGAUUGUUCGCCUUCAAUUUCAUGAUUGUUUCGUUAAUGGUUGCGAUGCUUCACUAUUGCUGAAUGGUACGGACAGUGAAAAAACUGCCACCCCCAACCUUUCAACCGAUGGAUAUGCAGUUAUCGAUGAUAUCAAAACAGCGUUAGAGAAAGCUUGUCCUCGUGUUGUCUCCUGUGCCGAUAUUUUGGCCCUUGCUGCUCAAAUUUCUGUUACCUUGGGUAGAGGUCCAUCAUGGCAAGUCCCACUAGGAAGAAGGGAUAGUCGGACGGCACACCGUGAUGGAAUCGGAGGCAUCCCAUCUCAACAUGACAACCUUGCCAAUACUGCAGCCAGAUUCAAGAGCGUUGGACUUGAUUCCACCGAUCUUGUUGCUUUGUCUGGUGUUCACACAUUUGGAAGGGCACAAUGCGCUGCUUUCAUGGACCGCCUCUACAAUUUCAAUAACGUAUCCGGCAAAGUCGACCCGACCCUCAACGCCACGUACGCGAAAGCACUUCAACAACGAUGUCCUAAAGGCGGAGAUGUCACGAGUUUGAUCGAUCUUGACGAACAAACUUCUCUUAGCUUUGACAACAAGUACUUUUUGAACCUUCAGAACCGCAUGGGACUCCUUCAAUCAGAUCAAGAGCUGUUCUCCACUAAUGGGGCUGAGACUGUGGCCAUUGUCAACAGGUUCGCAAGAAGCCAAAGCCAGUUCUUUACUAGCUUUGCUAAGGCCAUGAUAAAGAUGGGAAACAUAAGCCCCUUGACUGGUACCAAUGGAGAGGUCAGGCUGGAUUGCAGAAAGAUCAACUAGAAGAUUGGAUUUAAACUUUGGGUGUGUUUCUUUUCUUCUUUAAUACAGUGCUUACUCGUUCUGAUCCAUG